UGUAUUUCGGAAUCUGCCAGGAAUGGAUAUCCGUCUCUCAUAUAGCUAUAUCACGGUACUGAUCUGACCUUCGGACGUAUACUGCCUUGCGCUCGUCAUGUCGUUAGACCUUGUCAGAAUUGCUAUCGACCGCGGAGGAACGUUCACGGACGUGUACUGUGCGCAGAUAGGAAAGCCUGAUAUCGUGCUCAAGCUCCUCUCUGUGGACCCGCACAACUACCCCGAUGCGCCAGCAGAAGGUAUCCGACGAGUUCUAGAGUUGACUUCCGGUCAAAGUAUACCCAAGGGCUCAAAAUUGAAGCUAGACCGGGUCGAGAGCAUUCGUAUGGGUACAACUGUUGCGACCAAUGCUCUGCUGGAACGUAAAGGUGCCCGGUGUGCUCUUCUGACGACGGAGGGGCACAAGGAUGUAUUGCGCAUUGGUCAACAAGCCCGACCCAAUAUCUUUGACCUGUCAGCUAAAAAGCUUUCAUCGCUCUAUGAUAAGGUCAUUGAAGUUGCCGAGCGCGUCACUAUUGCCACUUCUACCGAGGACCCAGAGUCAUCUCCGGCCUCUUUCGAAGGCAUUUCCGACGCGUCCAUCGUACGAGGACUUACAGGCGACUUUAUCCGUGUUCUCAAGAAGCCUGAAUUGGACAUCAUCAAGAUGCAGCUCCAGUCACUUUGGGAUGAGGGCUUCCGGUCCAUCGCCGUUGCUUUCCUUCAUUCUUACGUCUAUCCCGAGCAUGAAAAUAUCGUUUCUGAUAUCGCGAGAAAGAUGGGUUUUGCUGUAUCCGUGUCGUCUGAGCUCCAACCGAUGAUCAAGAUCGUGUCGCGAGCAAACUCAGCUAUCGCGGACGCGUAUCUCUCUCCUGUGACCCGGACAUACAUUGAGACAUUCGCCGAGGGUUUUGAGGGUGGGCUCGAUGCACUUGGAAAUAAACUCUUGUUCAUGCAGAGUGACGGCGGUCUUUGCAGCUGGAGAAACUUUUCAGGCCUUCGUGCUGUGCUUUCUGGCCCUGCGGGAGGUGUCAUUGGGUAUUCCAAAACAUGCUACGACGCAGAGGAUGGUACUCCACUCGUAUCAGUAGACAUGGGCGGCACCUCUACCGAUGUUUCGCGAUAUAGCGGUCAUCUUGAACACGUAUUCGAAACAGCCACCGCUGAGGUUAUCAUCCAAGCCCCGCAACUCGACAUCAACACGGUCGCUGCUGGCGGCGGUUCUCGCUUGUUCUGGGAGAACGGAAUGUUUGUUGUGGGCCCGGAGAGUGCUGGAGCCCACCCUGGCCCCGCCUGUUAUCGCAAGGGAGGUCCACUAGCCGUCACCGAUGCCAAUCUGCUUCUGGGUAGGCUUCUUCCCGAACACUUCCCAAAAAUUUUUGGACCCAAUGAAGACGAGGCCUUAGACAUAGAUGUUACUCGUCGUCUUUUUGAGGAAUUGACCGCCAAGAUCAGUGCUGAGAAAGGAAUCAAAAUGACUCCUGAAGAAGUUGCUUCUGGUUUUCUCCGUGUGGCGAAUGAAGCUAUGAGCAGACCUAUUCGAACGUUGACUGAAGCCCGAGGCUUUGAAAGUGCUAGCCAUAACCUCGUCAUAUUUGGUGGUGCAGGAGGCCAACAUGGCACUGCUAUUGCUUCCAUCCUCGGCAUCUGUCGUAUUCUUGUCGCUCGCUUCUCAUCUAUUCUCUCUGCCUACGGGAUGGCACUGGCAGAUGUGGUCGUCGAAGAACAAGAACCUGCUUCUGAUGUUCUCGACUCACGGACAGACGCAGACAACACCGCCGUCUAUUCCUCGCUCCGCAUGCGAGCGGACAUCCUCAUUAACCGUGCUCGGACAUCUCUUCUUUCUCAAGGAUUUCCCUCCGCACAGAUAUUUGCUGAACUCAUGUACAACUGCCGUUUCCACGGAACAAGCACAUCCUUGAUGGUACGCGAGCCGGCGGAUGGGGAUUUUGUCAGUAGCUUUGUCCGGCAGCACGAACAGCUCUUUGGAUUCACACUACAGGAUCGAAGUGUGCAUGUCGAUGAUGUACGUGUGAGAGCAGUUGCUAAGAGCGACAGAACCGAACAAGAGAGUCCAUAUGCCGAGAUAGCAAGGUCUACGCUAAUGGAGGCGAAGGGACUGCUAGAGAAAUGUCACAGAAAGAAGGUGUACUUCGAUGGGCUGGGAUGGACCGAUACUGCUGUUGUGCCGUUGCAGGAACUAUCUCCCGGCGACCAAAUUCCAGCUCCAGCAAUCAUUUUCGAUGCUACUCAAACGAUCCUUAUCGAACCUGGCUACUUGGCGACGGCUACCUCGAAGCAUAUUAUCAUUGACCGUGCAGGGCCACCUACGUCUAAGCCCGUUUUAGACAUCAACCAAAUUGACCCUAUACAGCUAUCUGUGUUCGGGCAUAGGUUUAUGGGUAUUGCAGAACAGAUGGGGACAAUUCUUAAGCAAACUUCUAUCUCGACCAACAUCAAGGAGCGCUUGGAUUUUUCUUGUGCUCUCUUUUCACCUGACGGCUUACUCGUAGCGAACGCACCUCAUAUACCCUGUCAUCUCGGUGCCAUGAGUGCGGCCGUGCGCUUCCAAGCCGAGCUGCACAAAGGCCAGCUCCAAGAUGGUGACGUAUUAGUCUCGAACCAUCCAGAUGCAGGAGGUUCCCACCUUCCUGAUAUUACGGUAAUGACCCCUGCAUUCCACAACGGUGAGAUCGUCUUCUGGACAGCCUCGCGUGCCCAUCACGCUGAUAUUGGCGGCAUCCGCGCCGGCUCAAUGCCUCCCUUCUCUAAGACAAUCUGGCAAGAAGGAGCGCAAAUCCUGAGUUUUAAGCUGGUGAAACAGGGAAAGUUCGACGAGGAAGGUGUCGUGGAUAUCAUGUACAAUCAGCCUUCGAAGUUCCCUGGCUGCUCUGGAACGCGAACAUUGAAAGAUAACAUUUCUGACAUGAAGGCGCAGAUAUCGGCUAAUCACCGUGGCGCUACGUUGAUUAGGGCUCUAAUUGAGGAGUUUUCAUUGAGAGUUGUGCAGUUCUACAUGUUCGCCAUCCAAAAGACUGCAGAAUCUGCUGUGCGUGACUUGUUGCGUUUCGUGGACACAAAGUUCGGCGGGAAGUCAUUGCAAGCUAUCGAUUACAUGGAUAGCGGAGAGCAGUUACAGCUCAAAGUUGACAUUGACUCCAAGCUGGGCGAAGCUGUGUUUGAUUUUACGGGGACAAGCCCACAGUCGUAUUCGAAUUUGAAUGCACCAACAGCUAUUGUAUAUAGCGCCAUCAUCUAUGUGCUUCGCUCGCUGAUUCCUACCGCCAUCCCACUGAACCACGGAUGCUUGGCCCCAAUCAAAGUAAUUGUCCCACCUCGUUCAAUUCUUUCUCCUGGACCAGGCGCUGCAACGGUGGCAGGUAACGUUGAGACAUCACAGCGUAUAACGGAUGUCGUGCUCAAAGCUUUCGAAGCUUGCGGAGCUUCUCAGGGUUCCUGUAAUAAUCUUACGUUCGGCUACGGGACCGAGACGAAAGGCUUUGGCUAUUAUGAGACCAUUGCAGGGGGUUCUGGAGCAGGCUCAACUUGGGAUGGGCAAAGUGGUGUUCAUGUUCAUAUGACGAACACUUGUAUUGGUGAUGCGGAGAACAUUGAGCGUAAAUACCCUGUCAUUGUACGCGAAUUUAGCAUCCGCGCAGAGUCAGGAGGUUUGGGUCGACACACAGGCGGCGAUGGUUGUGUACGUGAGAUUGAAUUUACCCGUGAGCUGGAUGUUGCCAUUCUAUCCGAGCGACGGUCAAUUCCGCCUUACGGAAUGCGUGGUGGCUCACACGGACAGACUGGGCGAAACUUCUGGUUGAGGAGGGAAGCUGAUGGAACGAUCACGACGAUUGCUCUUGGAGGAAAAAAUGAGUGUCCGAUGAAACCUGGGGACAGGAUUCGUAUCGAAACUGCCGGUGGGGGUGGUUAUGGCGUUCCUGGAUCUGAAGAAGAGGAGGCGAGUCAGCUGUAUGGAGCUUUCAACCGUGCUCCUCCAACAAGAGCAAAUGGAAGUCUUUCACAGAUGAGGGAGACAGCAGACACCAAUUGAAGUACCUCGAUAGAGUCGUUCGCAUUGUAUCAGUAAUCCAGAAUAUCACACAAG